AUGUCUGUGCACCCCCAACACGAAGGAGAGACCGAAGUGCGGCAACACCCGGAUGUGGAUCCAGCGGUGAAGGAAGUCCUCCAAUUCUUGGUGUUGGACGAUUCAUCAGUGGAGGAUGGCACUUCUGUGGAGAUGUGCAAUUUGCUGAGCACAUGUGAAUCCUCAUCUUCAUCAAGUUCAUCGGGGUCUAGUGAUGAUGGCAAGCGCAAGAAAGGCAAAAAGGCAAAGGCAUCGAAGAAAGAGAAGAAAGGAAAAGAAACUGCACCAAAGAAGAAAGAGAAAGAUGCCAAGAACAAGGAAGAGAAGCCAGGUAAGGGAAAGAAGGAAAAGACGAAGGGCCCAGAGGAUCCAAAGCGCAAGAGGGAAGAAACUGCUGAAGAAAAGGCUGCACGUGAGAGAAAGGAAACCGAUGAGAAAGCCAAAAAAACAAAAGUUGGCAAAAGCAAAGAAGGCCAUCGACAAAGCGUCAAACAAGUGCAAGGAUUCCAACAGCCUGGAAUCGCAGUGGCAGGGUGUGCCAUCCAAUGUCCGAGAUGCGUUCAUCAAGGACACGAAGCUGAUUGCAGCUGA